CUGUACUUUAAACCAAAUAAAUGCCUUAACUUUUUGUGCCUGAGGAAGCUAAGCUUAAAAGAAUGUUUAUAUCUUGACAUCAAGGGUACAGUUUCUUAACUGGGCUAUGCUAAAAUCGAUUGAAACUAACUUAUUGAUUCGAUCAGUAAGUUUUUUCAUCAUCAGCAAGUUUGGCUGAACUUUUUGAAGAAGAAAAUAUGCUCUGUGUCAGCUCGAAUAUUCUUUCAAAGGUUGAUCAGCUUCAUCAAGAUCACGUCGUCAUCAGAGAUGUAGAUCAAUUGAAUGAUAAAUUGAACAUCUUAGUAGCGGGAAAAGCAGACAAACUUCAGAUUAUUGCAGACUUUGACUCCACCCUUACAAAAUCUAUUGUCGAUGGGAAACCAACGCCUCACUCCUUAGAAAUAUUUGCCAGUGCGAAGAGUUUAUCGAAAAAGUACCGGGAUGGAUGCAAAGCCUUGGAAGCCAAGUAUGGGCCUAAAGUGUCAAGAGAGAAGACUGAAGAAGAGUUACAACGAGUUUACGAUCAGUGGUGGGACGAUCACGAAAUCCUUACAGCUGGAGAAAAUAUCACGUUGAAAGAUAUCGAGGAGGCUGUGGAUUCUAUCAAUACUCCUCUCAGGGAUGGAUGUACAGAUAUGUUCAAUCUCCUGUCAAAGCACCAAGUUCCUGUGGUCGUCCUAUCAGCUGGUCUCGGCGAAGUCGUCAACUACAAACUUCGAGACUUCAAACCAACAGUGAUAUCAAACUUCAUUCGGAUGGAUGAUAGCGGGAAAAUCCUGGGCUUCACCAAGCCUACUGUCAGUGUUUACAACAAACACAAAAUGUCUAUUCCUGUAGAGAAAGUGAGAGAAAAUGCCAUUCUCAUUGGAGAUUCACUUGGCGAUGCUAUCAUGGCGGACAGUGUUUCAAAUAUCAAGACUAUUUUAAAAAUAGGAUUUUUUAUUGGACUGGAUCAGGUGCAGUUGCAAAAAUAUUGUAACAGUUUUGAUGUUGUUGUUAUCAACGAUCAAACAAUGAAUACUGUCAAUGCAGUUCUAAGACUCAUCCUCGACUCUUCGUAGUUACAUGUUUAAGGCUGAUCUUUAAAAGUUUAAAAUACAGGAAAGUUCUGCAGAACAAAAAGUAUAAAAGGAUAUAAGAAAGAAAAUAUAUUCUAAGAUCCCUUAAAACUGCUUUAAUGUUAAAAUUUUAGAGAAUAUUAUAUUCUCUAGCUUGAGGUAAGAUUUUUUCAGCAAGGAAUGUAAGUGUUUUUUUAUAUCUUUAUUAGAUACAUUACACCAAUAUACGAUCGUUCCCUUUUAGUGUUUAUUGAAACAAAAAUCUGGUUUCUCAAAAUAAAUUGAUAAUUCUCGCCGAGCAGACAUUCCUUGUAUUUUUCUUCUGUAUUUAAUAUUAAUAUAUUGUAGUUACUGUUUUCUAGUGAGCUUAGCCUAAGAAUUAAGAAUUAUAAAGCGCCUUAUACUUAAUGUAGUAUCCACCAAAUUUUUUUUAUUUUAGUUUUAUGUAAAAAUACGAAGACAUUUUAUAUUGUUUUACUCGUGCAAAUAUUUAUUAAUGGCAUACAUAAAUUGUCUAAAAGUAGUUUUAAUAUUCGAAGUUGACCUUAUUACAAUAUUUUUUCAGCAUUUUUUUUAGUAGGCUAGUUAUUAAUCUGUGCCUUGUAAAUGCCUUGGUAGUACUGUAUAAUGUGCUCAUGCCAAUGCGUGGGAAAUCAUUUGUUGUGAUUAAAUGGUUACUUAACACGUCUAAAAACUGUCAGGUAUAGUUUUGGUUUAAAUCAGUCACCAAAGAAUGGCAUUGCCGUUAGGAAACCCUGCCUUUAGGUUACAGUAGCAUAUUAUAUGGAAGCGGGCGUGACCAAAUUACUGGUUGAUUUACUUUUCGUCAUACUACAGAAAAACAUCUGUUUAUAUUCUAUAGCUCAGUGGCUCCGACUUGCUGAACAGCUGGUGUCGUCUGUAACAACAUUCUUGAAUUGAAUUGAAAUACCACACCGUCAAUACCACACUAAAACCUUACAACUGCUACAAACCACACACAACAACAUCACAAACCUCUCGGAGUCAUAGAUCUGUUGUGGAUCUCAGUCCUUUCAUAUAGGCUAAUCAUGCUUUUUAUACCAUAUCUCUAGUCACUUGUUAUUGCAAAAUGUGAUAAACCGACCUUUAUAAGAAGUUCAAUUUGAUCAUUCCCAUGAGACACUUGUUAUCAAGGUUUUAAUGUAAUAUUUUGCUAUUUUAGACAACUCUAGCUUAAUGUAAAUCAUGCAUAAAUUCAGAGCCUCUGAAUUUGUGUAUAUUCAGGGGUGCCCAC